AGAUACAAAUUAGUCUCAGAGUAGAAAUCCAAGUGAUAACUUCCCCUAAUUGUGUGAAGCGAUAAUCAAUUUGUGCAAAAGCAAAUACAAAAACCGAAAGAACAGUCGCAAAGUUGACAAGUGAGAACGCAGUAAAACACAUAAACAUAAAAACAAAAAUUUGUUUCGGCAAACAAUACAUUUUUCGUGAAGAAUCAAUCAAUUUGUGUUAAGGAACCAAGAAAAUGGCUGAUGCUACCAAGAGGAAUAUCCCCAUCAAAUUGGGCGACUUCAGCAUUAUCGAUACAGAAUUCUCAAGCAUUCGUGAGCGUUUCGACGCGGAAAUGCGCAAAAUGGAAGAGGAGAUGAACAAGUUCCGGCAUGAGCUGAUGUCGCGCGAGGCAAACUUCUUCGAGUCCAGCAGUUCUACUAAAAAGACAACAACCAAAACCAGCAGCAGCAGCGCACAAAACUCGCUCUCCCGUCCAGCACCAAGACAGAACUACAUCUCUGACAUCAGUUCACCACUCAUUCAGGAUGAUGGCGAUAACAAAAUGCUGAAGUUGCGUUUCGAUGUGAGCCAAUACUCCCCCGAAGAAAUCGUUGUCAAGACUGUCGAUCAGAAAUUGAUGGUGCAUGCCAAACAUGAAGAGAAAUCCGACACGAAGAGCGUGUACAGGGAGUACAACCGUGAGUUCCUCUUGCCCAAAGGCGUUAAUCCGGAAUCGAUUCGCUCGUCGCUCAGCAAGGAUGGCGUUUUGACUGUGGAAGCGCCACUGCCCGCCAUCACAUCUGGCGAAACUAUGAUCCCCAUUGCACAUAAGUAAAUUAACAAAGAAAUCAACGAAAUGAUUAUGUAGCAGCAACUGUCGCAAGCAAAAAAAAACAACAACAACAAUAAUAAUAGUAAUAAAAACGACAACGAGCAAUAAUCACAGCGGACGAAGCAGUUGUUUUUGCAGAUGUCCGAGCAAGCAAGCAGCUGACAAGUAACAACAGUAACAGUUAUUGCAGCAAACAAAAACAAAAAUACAGAAAAACAAAAAAAUAGAAAAAAGAUGCUUGGACACUACUUUUAACUACUUAAAUUAAAAACAAACAAAAAAAUAUUUUAAUUAAUUUUUCUUAUAAAUUACAUAAUUAUUUUCGCUAAUUUUUACGUUAUUUUGAAUUUGUUAGUUUACUUUGCGCAAGUAUGAAACAAUUCUCAAAUACUGAUAAUGAAGAACUUUAUAAUGUAUUAAACCAGAUGACAAAAAGGAAAAAGAAAAAUGAAGUGAAAAAUCUAAA